AUCCAACCAAGAAGGAAUCCAAGCCAAGCCAAAGGUGGCCCAUUUCUCGGCUUCUCGCUGCUCUUGCUUUGCUUCGCUUCUCCUCCUCUUCCUCCUCCUUCCUCGGCGGCUGCUCCGGCUCGGAUUCCGGUGAGCCGUCGCGUUCGUGGUACGGCGGAGGAAGCGAGGUUGCGCCCUUUCCGACCGUUUCUUGGCUAUCCGCCCCGAUUGGAGAAAGCUGGGUGUUUCUUUUUUCUUUCUUUUUUUGGUUCAGGGAUCAGAGAAGUUCAGAACUGGUGGAGGUGCUCAUAUCCGCGAGUGGUUUGUCUGAGUUUUAACGACAUUCGACAAUGGCUGCUGUGGAUAGUAUACGAUGGCCUUAAUAUUCUUAAAAAAAUAUGCGAGUCAGUACCACCUAAUCAUAUGGAGGAUUAUCCAAGUGGGAGAUCAAAAGCAGCUAUUGGAUUUCUCAGAAGAGGUGGUGGUUUCUCUUCGAGAAAUCAAAGCACUGAAGAGAGGACCAUUCAGAACUAUGAUGGACCAGGAAUCACCACAAGACUCAAUCCGAUGAAAACCAGGCUGUCUGAUAAUCAGGAGAGACCAAGAUACCUACGUGACUCAUUCAGAUCUUCAACCUCAAUGGCCAUUCAUGGAAGCUCUUCCAAAGUUCCGCUUAGGAAAUUCGGUGACGAAAAACGAAGGCAAACGUUGUUGGCAGGGGUAGACAUUGCUGAAAGUAGCAGCAGAAAUGCUGGGGGCAAACAUCUGGAGGGUAGUAAUAAGAGAAUCGUUGUCGAUGAUAGGAGUUCAGAUGUUCUGCAUACUGAAACAGAAGGCUUGGCUACUGAACAAGACCAAUUGAUAGCACCCAAUGCUGGAGUUUCUGAUUCUGCUAGUUCGUCAGAUAUUUCUGAACAUGCAGUUGAAUCCUUGGUAAGGAGUGCUGCUCCAAGUUCUAGAACCCGUAGACAGAAGGACAAAGAAUUGAAUUUGGGUCAAUCAGGAGUUUGCUCUUCGUCAUGUACUAACAGGCCUACUAUAUCAAGAUAUGCUCCUGCCGAUGUGAAGCGACCGUGUAAUCAUGCUAGCGGAGUACAACAGCAUGGUCAUAACAAUCUGGACUGUACUUCAGUACCUAAUUUUCUGCCAUCAGGUUGCUCAUCUGGUUCUGUUUAUAGCAGGAGGUUUGAUGCAAUGAGAAAAAGGACUUCUGAUGGGGGAAGUUUUUCUAGAUCAAGGGGCUUAAGUGGAACGGCUAGCUUAGACGAUUCACCUCCUGCAUACCCUGCCAUUGCUGGUCCUAGAAUCAGAACAACUACAACUGAACGGGCUUCACAACAAAAUGCACUAAGAAGCAGAAGGAAUUUUCAGGAUUCAGCAGUGUCAGUAAGGACAAGAAGACCUCCUUGGGGUGCUAGGUUCAGGAUCUCUGAGGAAAGAGAGGAUGGCAUGAUUUCUCAGCGUGAUUCUUCCAUAGGGAAUCAACAGUCAGAUCAGGUGCAUUCAUCUUCGGAAGAGGCCUCUACAGAGAGCUCCUCAAGACCAUUCUCUGCAGAAUUACCUCAUGCAAUUUACUCAUCUAGAGGAGAGGGAUCAAAUGCUUUCACUGCAAGGAGAAGAAGAUCAAGCUCCCUUUAUGAGGAAAGACCUCCACAGACAUUCCAUGAUCUUUUCAGAGAAAGAAAUGGCCGAAGACACAUAUCCAUAGAAGGAAUUGCAGAGGUAUUACUAGCUCUGGACAGGAUUGAACAAGAAGCAGAACUGACUUAUGAGCAAUUGAUGGUGUUGGAGACAAAUAUAUUGCUUGGUGCUUUCACCUCCCAUGAUCAGCAUAGUGACAUGCGCAUGGAUAUCGACAACAUGUCCUAUGAGGAAUUAUUAGCAUUAGGAGACAGAAUAGGCUCUGUUAGCACCGCUCUUUCUGAGGAGCAAUUUGUGAAAUGCCUCAGAAGAAGUAUAUAUAUACCAGUGGCUACAAAAGCAAACGCGCAAGUUGUAGACGACAUCAAAUGCAGCAUAUGCCAGGAGGAGUACAUAGAGGGUGAAGAAGUUGGACGGCUGGGAUGUGAGCAUCAGUACCAUGUGUGCUGCAUUCACCAGUGGCUCAGGCAGAAGAACUGGUGUCCAAUAUGCAAAGCUUCAGCUGAACCUUCUACUGUGAGCUAAUCCCACCUGGGAGAUUCAAGCUUGUAAAUAUUUAUCAUGGAUUUGGUGUCCAUCUUUUUGUGGAAACUGUAAAUAAUCUUGACCUUGUUCACUCCAAUUUGUGAUUAUCAAAUCAGCUGUGCUCUGAAAACAAAAAUAAUCCUUCAAUGUUUCUCAUGGUUAAAAAAAAAA